ACGUCGUUACGGGGUCCCGUACAUGAAAGUCCGCGACUUGACAACAAAAACUGUGUGCCGGUGAAAAGGUUUAGUUUACGUUUCACACCAUUGGGUGGACAGUGUAUUUACAACACAGGCCGAGUGCAAACACAUUCAGACGGGCUUUGGAAAAACAUCACAGGAUCCAUUUCUGGAGUUGAUUUUGAGGCGUAGUUGGAUUUUAAGAGGGAGGUCUGACAGUGCGAGACGAAGGAUUUCCUGGGGAAAAUCUGUGCAGGAAAUGCCAGCGAAUCCAACCCGUACUCCAGACGGGGGUAGUCGACUUACCAUGGCGAGUACAGCCAUAAACAACACGUGGAUACACGAAUCCAAGAAGGUAGAAACAUUCGAAGAGGCGUACGUCAAGGGCAAAGAACUUGGAAGGGGUGCCACGUCCGUAGUGUUAAGAUGCACACAAGUUGGAACAGACAAGACGUAUGCCGUCAAAAUAAUCAAGAAAACGGUUGACCAAAAAGUCGUCAAAGCAGAGACUGAUAUUUUGCUGAAACUACAACAUCCUAACAUUAUCAAACUAAAGGAAAUCUUUGAGACGGAAGACAAUUUAUUUUUGGUAUUAGAACUGGUGACAGGAGGCGAGUUGUUUGAUCGAAUCGUCGCCCAGGGAUAUUUCAGUGAGAAGGAUGCGGCAAAUGUCGUCAGACAGCUAUGUAGUGCCGUUCAGUACCUCCAUGAGAAUGGAAUAGUCCACAGAGAUUUAAAGCCAGAGAACUUGUUGUAUGCCGAUAACUCAGAAGAUGCACCCCUCAAGUUGGCCGAUUUCGGCCUGUCCAAGAUGCUCAGUCAAGACGUGCAGAUGCAGACAGUUUGUGGUACACCGGGAUAUUGUGCUCCGGAGGUGCUCUACGGGCGACCAUACAGUCCUGCUGUCGAUAUGUGGAGUGUCGGAGUUAUCACCUACAUUCUCUUAUGCGGCUUUGAGCCGUUCUACGACGAGAAGGGCGACAAGUAUGUGUACAAGAAAAUCCUGAAGGCGAAUUACGAGUUCAUGACGCCAUGGUGGGACAAUAUUUCAGACAGUGCAAAGUAUUUUAUCCGGAGUUUGUUGGUUCUGGAUACAUCCAAACGGCUAACGGCUGCACAAGCCUUAGAUCAUCCAUGGGUGAGGGGAACAGCCAGUAAAGCACCACUGCAGAACCUGACUGAGAACAUCAAGCAGUUCAAUGCCAAGAGAAAACUCAAGGCUGUAACCAAUGCAGUUAUUCUGAUGAACAGACUUCACACCGGAGAGUGGAAAACCCCCGUCCGACCCAGAGCGUCUCCCCCAAGCCCUCCCCCAGCGGAGCUCCCUGCUGAACAAACCACUGAAGAUGACCAGAAUCAGCGAGCGAAAGAGUCAGUCUUAGCUGAGUGAUGUCCCUGACGCGGUAGUUCACAGACACCGCUCAAAGAGAGAGCAAGAGAAAGAAUAGGAAUGGAGUCUUGACUGGAUGACUUGUGUAAAACCGUUGGGGUUUUUUUAAGAGGGGAGUGAUGAAGGAUUUUUUUGUCUAGGACGGCGGGGCGAAAUAUUGCUAGGUGACAAUCCGUGGUGCUCAUAUUGACAGCUUGGCCCUCCAAUUUUCUCCGGCUAGAUCAUAGAGUACUUCAUAGAGAAACCCUGGUGUGCAGUUAUUAUUACAAAUGAAACUCUUUCUGAGUAGUGAAGGAAUUCUUUUGUAACUUAUCCAACAUAUCUGACCCCCAAAAAAUGUAAAAGUCAAAGGUAGGAUAAUGAAUAUUUUAAUGAUACUUAAGAACAAGAACAAAAGUGAUAACUUUUGUUUAAAAAUCUUUUCAAGUAAUGCCAAGUUCUGAUCAGGGUGCUUAUAGCUGGAAGUGGAUUACGAACUAAACCAUCCGUCAGUUUUUUUGUCCAUUUUAUAAACAUUUGCGUCUCGCUGAGUCGAUUUCAUAAUCCAUCAAUUCUAUUGGCUCACAGAUUAAUCAAAUUGGUUUUUUAAGUAUUUUUUUUGUAUUCUACUUUAAUGAUAAGCACCAAAAAACAAAUAAUGGUAAAGUACUUCCAGACAGUAGCUAUGAGAUGGUGUCUACGAUUAUAGUUUUAAUGAAAUAUUUGUAACCAAUGUUGAUAAAAAAUGUGCUAGCUUCGUCUAUGUACAUGCAUGGAAUUUUUACGAUUUUUGUACAGUAAUAGUUUUAAAACGGAUGGUCUAUCAAAUUGAUCAUCGACAAACUGGAGUGCCAUGAACAACUUAAUGGAAAAUAGAAGUGAGCACAUUGUCUUGUAACAUAUUCAACUGUCUUUUUUCAUUGCCGAUAAAGAAAAUGUAAAAAAAAAUUAGUAAGGAAUAUUUUCAGAUUUUACCCAAAAAGGGCUGUACAGUUUGUGACGUCUGAGAAAACAAAACUUUUAAAGGAUUCUUCCAAUCAUGUGUUGUGGAAUCUGUUCCAAAGACUUUGUAAGCCGACAUACCCCACAUGAAGAAAAAAAAAAGAGAUUUUUAUUAAAUAUUUUUGACAGAUUAACAUCAAGGUUUUAAUUAGAAAUCACGCCAGUUCUGAUGAUGGAUAUAAACACCCUCUGAAUAUUUUUUCGUUUUGGCAUGAAAUAGAAAUCAGGCCAGUUCUGAUGAUGGAUAUAAACACCCUCUGAAUUCUUUUUCGUUUUGGCAUUGAUAAUCAAAAUCGUUCCAUUUUCAAUGUUAAUGGUUUGUGUGUAGACCUAAUGCAGAUCUCGUGAGUCGAGAAGGGCGCCCUCGGCUAGAGAUAAAAAAAAGGUUGCUCAGUGGCCCAUCAUGUGUGCUGCGUACAUAGAUGUAGUGUUUUCUACUCUUGUAAAAAGGUCCACCACGACCGAAAUCCAACAUGGUUGCCAAAAAGCUCCCCUGACCUCAAACUGACGCCAUCUUUGUAUGAUUCACUGAAUACGUAACAGUAACAGUGAUAAGUUUUUACAGAGGGAACAGACUAUGAUUUAUCAUGACAAGACGUUAAAGGUCAGUUCCAUUGAUUGGGUACGUGAGCCUCAAUCAUCAAUAAUUACCGAAUUAGCGCGGAAAGGGUUUUAGAACGAUUCUUCAUAGCUGGACCAAGGUCUUGGCUUUCUUAAACUAUCAUGGAUAUUGUAUUAAGUGUCUGGCGUCCCAUGUUUUCAUGAGUGCAACGACAUUUCCAUGGUUACUCGCAUCAAAUUUCAACACCAUAAAACAUUAAAAACCUAAUUUUUCUGAUUCAUUGUUUUGGGGUUUACAAGUCGACCUGUAACCGUAUACAAGAUUUUAAAAACUUCAAAAACCGAUUCGUCCUUGCAAAACUAUUUAAAGUGUGCAGAUUCUACUGGCAAAAAUGAAAGACUAAAGCAUUUUAGAAACAUUGUGCUCCCACAAAAUGAAAACAAAAAUCAUAAUGUAAAUUUUAAGCGCAAAAAUAUUGGAUUGUAUGCUUGCCAUGUUUUUUACUUUUUCCUUUUGUUCUAAAUUAAAGCUACCUUUUUUCAUGGAGUUCUGCAAAGCAUUUUUACAAAGAUUUGCUCAUUUAGACUCCCUAUAACUGGAACACCAUACUUAUUGUUUUAGUUUUUUUGCAGGUUUUUUUACAAUGCAAGUGUGUUUUCAUAACACCCUUGUAUUUGAUUUACUAUAGCCCCACCCCCGCCCC